UAACAACAAACAGCGAAUAUUUAAACAAGCCACAAAUGAGUCAACCCCCGCCUGGUUUACCGUUCUAUCCUCUUGCAAACCCUAAAGGUGUAGAAUACAGCUGUGAGAUCUGCUCGAAACCAGCUUACCUACAGUGUUCCCUAUGCCGCGUCACAUAUUAUUGGUUUGGUUAUCCUUACACGAAAUUAUUUUUACAUUUAGCGGCACUGAACACCAAAAAAUUGACUGGGUAGGCAUACAUGAAAAAAUAUGUGCAGAUCUAAUGUCGCUCCGAAAACCGGCCCCGUUUAUUGUUUCAACAGAUGAGAGGAAAAAGAAAAAAGAAGAAAUUCAAGACAAAAACGUAGAUAUGGUCAGUCUUACACAGCUCAUCGGCCAAAAGUUAUUAUUUCAAGGCAAACCAGAAGAAGCUGUGCCAGCAGCACUGCAAUGUCUGAAGUUUACAGCAGAUGCAUAUGGACUAGCUAGUGUCGAACUGGUGUCCCCAUAUCUGAUUCUCGCUGAAUCCAGUAUUGGCCUCGGUAGACUGAAUCAAGCUGAAACAUACCUUGCGCAAGCUCAGUGGACAAUACUUAAAACGCAACACGAGUGCUCUAAUGGUAUACGAUCACAGUUACAUCGUAAACUUGGUUUAUUGUACGCUGCUAAGGGCGACUAUGAGCUGGCACUAGAAAGCUUAGCCAAAGAUAUAUUCUAUGCAUCGUGUGAAUAUGGAACUGAUCACAUUCGCACAGCAGGUGGUUAUUUUCAAAUGGCUGAAGUAUUUUAUGCAAUGCAUCAAAGGGAUAAGAACAAUGAAAAUCUAAUAAAUCAGGAGUUGUCUGAUAAACCGUCAACAUAUGUUUAUCCAUCGGUAACACCGAGAUCUCUUGGAGUGGUUUCAACUGGAAAAACUCACGGUUCAUUCCUUUGUGAAGAAGCAGCAAAGCAUGACGUUAAUUUAUCAAAAAACUCUGAUUUUUCUGUUCAGAUGCCUAUGUCAAAAGCCCAGUUGCUGAUGAUUUAUAUGCACGCGUUGUUAAUAUAUGGGCUGCGUAUUUGGGUGAAUUGGUUGAAAGUCUGUUGUAUAAACCAGUGAUACCUGAAGGAAUUGGAGCAGUUGUGGCUGAAAUAACUCAAGAAACCAAGCAGACUCUAGAUGAUGCACAAAAGGCAGAAGCUGAGAAAAUGUUAUAUGCCAUCGAAAAAUAUCGUCAACAACGCAUCAUUGAGGAUGGAACAAACGCGAUUAUCCAUAAUCCAGUUAGACCAGAUCCCAAAGUUCGAUUAUAUUUAACCCUAUCAAUGUUGAAUUAUGUUUUAGAACGAAAGCAAAAGGCUAUACAAUAUUUAGCUGAAGCUAAGGUUGCUGCUGAACACGCUCCAGAACAUCCAAAAAUAAAAGCCGACAUCAACUUAAUGGAACGUGCACUAGAAGAAAAGACUAAAACAAGUUGUAUAAAGGUCUCGCAAUAAGUUAUACCCUUCACUCUCAUUGUCUCAUACUUCAACUUAUGCUUCAGUGUCUUCCCUGUCCAUUUAUUUUCUUUCGCUUUUUAAUUCCACUAAUGGUUUUGUAAGUAAUUCUCCUCUUAUCUAUAGAAAUAACCUAAAAAUUUUAGGAGUUUACCAAAAAAAAUUGUUUGGAUUUCCUGACCAAUUAAAUAAAAGUUGUCAAUAAAAUCGUCAGCAAUAGCUAGAACAACAGUGACUAAGGUACAAAAACAUGUCAUCCACGCUGUGUUAUAAACAUGCCAAUCGAAAGCUACAAUUUAUCGUUUUGAUUUAUAGGUGUUUUGUUUUCUGUUUUUGAAAUAUUUAUGGUUGAUAUGAGAACUGUGUAAUUCAAAGAAGUCGAAGAGUGAACUACAAGUAUGCAUUACCAUAAUACUACAAUAGAAUAAGGAUAUUUCACCUUAUUCGAAAAAAGAUUCUACUUUAUUUCUUUGUAUUAAGAUUGUGGAAAUUAACGAUUUAUAAAAACGUAAAGAAUUUUAAAAUAAAAUUGUUGAGAAAUAGCAAU